UAAUUCUCACCAAUAUGGGGCUGAUGAAGAAAAUAAUAUGAACAUUGCCAAAUUACAACAUAAAUAAUUUGUACUAAACUCACACAUACUCUUAUUAUGGAGUUCAGUUCACAUUUUGUGUUUGAUAUCUCAGUAAUUUUAUUAUCACAAACAAUUUUCUUUAUGUGUGGCUGGGUUUAUUUUGUCAAGAAACUAUUUAAAGACUAUGAAGUGCAUCACAAAACAAUUCAACUAAUAUUUUCAGUCACUUUUUGUUUGUCAUGUACUAUGUUUGAACUGAUCAUAUUUGAAAUUGUUGGUAUAUUGGUUCCCUACUCGCGCUAUAUAUUUUGGAAUAUAAUUCUAUAUAAAAUGUUGUUUAUGGUUGUUGUACUCAUACCAUUUUACUUAUGUUAUUUUACUUUGAGUAAUAUGUAUCCAUUUUUUCAAAAGAGAGUUGGAAUUUUAGCAUUAAUUAUUUGGAUAUUUUAUCUGUUCUUGUUCUGGAAAAUUGGUGAUCCGUUUCCUAUGUUACCACAAGAAAAAAAAGGUCAUUUAUUUAUAGAAAAUUGUAUCAGCAGAAUUGGUGUGAUUGGUGUUACAGUUAUGGCAUUAUUAUCUGGUUUUGGUGCUGUAAACUACCCUUAUACUUCAAUGGCAUAUUUUAUUAAAGCAGUGACUGGGGAUGAUGUAAUAAAUGUGGAAAAACAACUACUUCAGACAAUGGACGUUAUUGUUGCUAAGAAAAAAAAGGUCUUAUUGGCAGAAACUAAUGCUGGAGUUAGUACAUUUGGGUUUAUGGAUAUGCUAAAAAGAGUUAAAUCAAAUGUAUCUAGUGAUUUAAGAGGAAUCAAAAGUGAUAUUAAAGCCUUGGAAGAACUCAGCAGACAUUUAUUUUUAGAAACACAUGAUUUACACAAUACAUUAGAACGUACUGCUUGGGCCAAAACAUGGAAAGGGAAAUACUUUAAUUUUCUUGGUUAUUUUUUCUCGUUAUAUUGUGUUUGGAAAAUUAUUAUGUCCACAUUGAAUAUAAUGUUACAGAGAGUAGGGAAAAAAGAUCCAGUUACCAGAGGAAUGGAAAUUUUGGUUGAAUGGGUAGGCAUUGAUGUUGAUGUAUCAUUUUGGUCUCAACAUGUGUCUUUUUUGUUGGUUGGAUGUAUUGCCUUCACAUCAAUAAGAGGUCUCUUGUUAACAUUAACAAAAUUCUUUUAUGCACUUUCCAGUAGCAAAUCAUCAAAUAUUAUUGUUUUAAUAUUUGCUCAACUUAUGGGCAUGUAUUUUGUAUCAUCAGUACUAUUAAUGCGUAUGAACAUGCCAGCAGAGUAUAGAGCUAUAAUUACAGAAGUGCUUGGAGAUUUACAGUUUAGUUUUUACCAUCGUUGGUUUGAUGUUAUAUUCUUAGUAAGUGCUGUGUCAUCAUUAACUUUUUUAACAUUUGCCCAUAAACAGAGUAAAGUGGACUUGCCCCCUAUGAUUUAAUAAUUAACUAUCAUUUUUUAAUGAGGAUUUACUGUAUUUUAUUAUAUACA